CAAAACAAUCCACAAGCCGAAAGCGCUUGUUUCGUGUGAAAGAGAUUGUGGAGAAUUUAGUGAAAUUGUGCGUAAUUACUAGUAGUAAACCGAUCACACAGCGCAUAGGACUAGUGUACAUUGGUUUUAGAGUCGUUUAAGACCGGAGUUUGUAAGGAAUUAAGUUUAGCAGUAUCACAACAACAGCAGCAUGGCUGACGCAGCAGCACGACAGCUACAGUACGAGUACAAGGCGAACUCAAACCUUGUGCUGCAAGCGGAUGUGCGCCUCAUCGAGCGUCCCCGGCGUGAUGAGGCAACGGGCGAGGUAAUUUCGCUCGUUGGCAAGCUCGACGGUACCCGGAUGGGGGACCGGGCGCAGCGCAGCAAGCCGGAGAAAACGGAAGAGCGUAAGGCGAAGCGGCAGAAGCGCGACGAGGCGCAGUACGACUUUAACAGCAUGAAGGGCGCAACACUGCUUUCCGAAGGUAUCGACGAGAUGGUCGGCAUCGUGUAUCGGCCAAAGACGCAGGAAACGCGCCAAACGUACGAGGUGCUGCUCAGCUUCAUCCAGGAAGCGAUCGGCGACCAGCCGCGCGACAUUUUGCGCGGUGCGGCCGAUGAAAUUUUGGCCGUGCUGAAGAACGAUCGCAUGAAGGAGCGUGAAAAGAAGCGCGAAAUCGACGGUUUGCUGGGCAGUGUGGCGGAUGAGCGGUUCGCGCUGCUGGUGAAUCUGGGCAAGAAGAUUACGGACUUUGGUUCGGAUGCGGCCACCGCCAUCGGUGGUGCGGGACAGGCCGGCCCGGGAGGGGACGAACCGAUUGAUGAAACGUACGGCAUUAACGUGCGGUUCGAGGAGUCGGAGGAAGAGUCGGACGAGGAUAAGUAUGGAGAGGUGCGUGAAGACGAUGGGCAGGAUGAGGGUGAGGAGGCCCGGGACGAUGGUAUUCUGCAUGCGGAAAACCUGGGCGGCGGAGAGGAUAUGAACAAGAAGGAGAAAGCGCUUGAUCCGCGCGAUAUCGAUGCGCACUGGCUGCAGCGUUGCUUGCGCAAGUACUACAACGAUUCAAUGAUGUCCCAGGCGAAAGCGCUCGAGGUGUUGAGCGUGCUGAAGGAGUCGGGCGACGAUCGGGAGUGUGAGAACCAGCUGGUGCUGCUGCUGGGCUACGAUUGUUUCGACUUUAUCAAACAGUUGAAAAAGAACCGACAAAUGAUCCUGUACUGUACGAUGCUGGCGCAGUCGCAGAGCGAGAGCGAUCGGGCGAAGCUGCGCGAUCGUAUGAAGUCGGAUGCGGCACUGGCGAAGAUCUUGCGCCAGCUCGAUACAGGCAAGCAGGAAGCGCAAGAAGCGCGCGACUAUGCCAACAGUGGUGGAGCGGAUGGAUCGGAUACAAAAACUUCGCUUCGAUCCCGUCGCGAGCGGGCCAUGGACGAAGGCGCCAUGGACGACAUGGACGUACACGUGGGUGGUGCUGCCGAACGAACGGCCCCGGUAGGGGGGACCAUUUUGGGCAACCGAACCGUGCUGGAGCUGGACGAGCUGGCAUUCACCCAAGGCUCGCAUCUGAUGGCCAACAAACGCUGCCAGCUGCCGGACGGAUCGUUCCGCAAGCAACGCAAGGGCUACGAAGAGGUGCACGUGCCCGCCCUUAAACCGCGCCCGUUCGACGAAGACGAGGAGCUGAUCGCCAUCGAGAAGCUGCCGAAGUACGUGCAGCCAGUGUUCAACGGGUUCAAGACGCUCAACCGCAUACAGAGCCGGCUGUACAAGAGCGCACUGGAGAGCGACGAAAAUCUGCUGCUCUGCGCACCCACCGGCGCUGGUAAGACGAACGUGGCCCUGCUCACGAUGAUGCGCGAGAUCGGCAAGCACAUCAACGACGACGGUACGAUCAAUGUGGACGAGUUUAAGAUCAUCUACAUUGCUCCGAUGCGAUCGCUGGUGCAGGAAAUGGUGGGCAACUUUGGCCGGCGGCUGGCGACGUACAAUCUCACGGUGGCGGAGUUGACGGGCGACCAUCAGCUGAGCCGGGAGCAGAUUGCGGCGACACAGGUCAUCGUGUGCACGCCGGAAAAGUGGGACAUUAUCACGCGCAAAGGAGGCGAGAAGACGUACACGCAGUUUGUGCGUUUGGUGAUUAUUGAUGAAAUCCAUCUGCUGCACGAUGAGCGUGGUCCCGUGCUGGAGGCGCUCGUCGCUCGCACGAUCCGGAACAUCGAAACGACGCAGGAAGAUGUGCGCCUGGUCGGUCUUUCGGCCACACUGCCCAACUACCAGGAUGUGUCGACGUUCUUGCGCGUACGCCCGGAAACGGGAUUGUUCUACUUCGACAACAGCUACCGACCGGUCGCCCUCGAGCAGCAGUACAUCGGUGUGACGGAGAAGAAGGCACUGAAGCGGUUCCAGGUGAUGAACGACAUCGUGUACGAGAAGGUGAUGGAGCAUGCGGGCCGCAACCAGGUGCUGGUGUUUGUGCAUUCGCGCAAAGAGACGGGCAAGACGGCACGCGCCAUCCGCGACAUGUGCCUCGAGAAGGACACGCUCGGGACGUUUCUGCGCGACGGUUCGGCCAGCAUGGAGGUGUUACGGUCCGAGGCGGAGCAGGUGAAAAACCAAGAGCUGAAGGAUUUGCUGCCGUACGGCUUUGCGAUCCAUCACGCCGGCAUGACGCGCGUUGACCGUACGCUGGUGGAGGAUCUGUUUGCCGAUCGACACAUCCAGGUGCUGGUGUCGACUGCGACCCUUGCGUGGGGUGUGAAUCUGCCGGCCCACACCGUCAUCAUCAAGGGCACCCAGGUGUACAAUCCGGAGAAGGGCCGCUGGGUCGAGCUGGGCGCACUGGACGUGCUGCAGAUGCUGGGUCGUGCCGGUCGGCCCCAGUACGACACGAAGGGUGAGGGUAUUCUCAUCACCAACCACAGCGAGCUGCAGUACUAUCUGUCGCUGCUGAACCAGCAGCUGCCGAUCGAAUCGCAGCUCAUCUCCAAGCUGCCGGACAUGCUGAACGCCGAGAUUGUGCUCGGUACGGUGCAGAACGUGAAGGAUGCCGUCACUUGGCUCGGCUACACCUAUCUCUACAUCCGGAUGCUGCGCCAACCGACCCUGUACGGCGUGUCGAUCGAUGCGGUGAAGGAGGAUCCGCUGCUCGAGCAGUUCCGCGCCGAUCUCAUCCACACGGCAGCACUGCACCUGGAGCGCAGCGGUCUGAUCAAGUACGAUCGCAAGAGCGGCCACCUGCAGGUGACGGAAGUCGGUCGCAUUGCGUCGCACUACUACUGCACGCACGAUACGAUGCUCACGUACCACCAGCUGCUGAAGCCCACGCUCAGCGAGAUCGAGCUGUUCCGCGUGUUCUCCCUGUCCGGGGAGUUCCGCAACAUUACCGUGCGCGAGGAGGAAAAGCUCGAGCUGCAGAAGCUGAUGGAGCGCGUGCCGAUCCCGAUCAAGGAAAGCAUGGAAGAGCCGAGCGCCAAGGUGAACGUGCUGCUGCAAGCGUACAUCUCGCAGCUGAAGCUGGAAGGAUUCGCCCUGAUGGCCGACAUGGUGUACGUUACGCAGUCGGCGUCGCGGCUUUUGCGCGCCAUCUUCGAAAUCGUGCUGCACCGCGGCUGGGCCCAGCUGGCUGACAAGUGUCUGACGCUCUGCAAGAUGAUUGACCGGCGCAUGUGGCAAAGCAUGUCCCCGCUGCGACAGUUCCGCAAAAUGCCCGAGGAGAUUGUGAAGAAGAUCGAGAAGAAAAACUUCCCCUGGGAACGGCUGUACGAUCUGGAGGCGAACGAAAUCGGCGAGCUGAUCCGCGUGCCCAAGCUGGGCAAAACGAUCUACCGCUACAUUCACCAGUUUCCCAAGCUGGAACUCUCGACCCACAUCCAGCCGAUCACGCGGUCAACGCUGCGGGUCGAGCUGACCAUCACGCCCGACUUCCAGUGGGACGAAAAGGUGCACGGCCAGUCGGAAGCGUUCUGGAUUCUGGUGGAGGAUGUCGACUCGGAGGUGAUCCUGCACCAUGAGUACUUCCUGCUGAAGGCAAAAUACUGCACCGAUGAUCAUCUGGUAAAGUUCUUCGUGCCGGUGUUUGAACCCUUGCCGCCGCAGUACUUCCUGCGCAUCGUGUCCGAUCGCUGGAUCGGUGCCGAAACGCAGCUGCCCGUCUCGUUCCGGCAUUUGAUUCUGCCGGAGAAAAACCUUCCCCCGACGGAGCUGCUCGAUCUGCAGCCGCUGCCGAUCACCGCGCUGCGUGAUCCCUCGUUCGAGGCACUGUACGCCGACCGGUUCCCCCAGUUUAACCCAAUUCAGACGCAAGUGUUUAACGCGGUUUACAACAGCGAAGAUAACGUGUUCGUUGGGGCACCGACCGGGUCGGGCAAAACGACCAUCGCGGAGUUUGCCGUGCUUCGGCUGCUCUCGCAGAAUCCGGCCGGCCGGGUGGUGUAUCUGGUGGCGCGCGAUCCGCUGGCUGAUCUUGUGUUUCACGAGUGGCAUCAACGGUUCAGCCAGUCCUCGCUCGGCUGCAAGGUGGUGAAGCUGACCGGCGAAACCGGAACCGAUCUGAAGCUCAUCGCUAAGGGACAAAUUAUCGUAACGACCGCGGACAAGUGGGACGUGCUUUCGCGCCGCUGGAAGCAGCGCAAGAACGUCCAGAACGUGCAGCUGUUCAUCGUGGACGAGCUGCAGCUGAUCGGUGGUGAGGACGGGCCGGUACUGGAAGUCGCUUGCUCCCGUAUGCGCUACAUUUCAUCGCAAACCGAACAACCGAUACGUAUCAUCGCACUGUCUGCCUCGCUGGCCGAUGCGCGCGAUAUCGCACAAUGGUUGGGCUGUGGUACGAACGCCACAUUUAACUUCCACCCCUCCGUUCGUCCCAUUCCGCUGGAGCUGCACGUGCAAGGGCUGAACAUAACGCACAAUGCGUCGCGUGUUGCCGCCAUGUCGAAGCCGGUGUACAAUGCGAUCACCAAGUUCAGCCCGCACAAGCCCGUGAUCGUGUUCGUGACGUCGCGCAAGCUGGCCCGGCUAACGGCGAUCGAUGUGCUGACGUACUGUGCGGCUGAGCUGCAGCCCAAUCGAUUCUUCCACGCCGAGGAGGAAGACAUCAAACCAUUCCUGGACCGCAUGACGGACAAAACGCUGAAGGAAACGCUCUCGCAAGGUGUGGCGUACAUGCACGAAGGGCUGACGGCGGCCGACCAGCGCAUAGUGGAGCAGCUGUUCGACUCGGGCGCGGUACAAAUUGCCAUCUGCACGCGCGAUCUCUGCUGGGCGCUGAACAUUAGCGCCCAUCUGGUGAUCAUUAUGGACACGCAGUUCUACAACGGCCGGAACCAUACGUACGAUGACUACCCGAUUACCGAUGUGCUGCAAAUGAUCGGCCGUGCCAAUCGACCGCUGGAAGAUGACGACGCGAAGGCAGUGCUGAUGUGUCAAAGCUCGAAGAAGGAUUUCUACAAGAAGUUCCUCAACGAACCGCUGCCGGUGGAGAGCCAUCUCGAUCACCGGCUGCACGAUCACUUCAAUGCGGAGAUCGUAACGAAGACGAUCGAAAACAAGCAGGACGCCGUCGACUACCUCACGUGGACGUUCCUGUACCGGCGCUUGACACAGAAUCCCAACUACUACAACCUGCAGGGCGUUACCCACCGGCACCUCUCCGAUCACCUGUCGGAGCUGGUCGAAUCGACACUCUCCGAUCUGGAGCAAUCGAAGUGCAUCGGCGUGGAGGAUGAGAUGGACGCCCUUCCGCUCAAUCUGGGCAUGAUUGCGGCGUACUACUACAUCAACUACACGACGAUUGAGCUGUUCAGUCUGUCGCUGAACAGCAAGACCAAGAUCCGAGGUUUGCUUGAAAUCAUUUCCUCCGCCGCCGAGUACGAGGAUCUGAUCGUGCGCCAUCACGAGGAUAACAUACUGCGCAGCCUGGCGGGACGGUUGCCGAACAAGCUGACCGGCCCGAACGGAACCGCCCCCAAGUACAAUGAUCCACACAUCAAGACGAACUUGCUGCUGCAGGCCCACCUCUCCCGUCUGCAGCUCGGUGCCGAGCUGCAGGGCGACACGGAGCAAAUCCUCGGCAAAGCCAUCCGCCUGGUGCAGGCGUGCGUCGACGUACUUUCGUCCAACGGGUGGCUAUCGCCCGCCGUCGCUGCGAUGGAACUGGCCCAGAUGGUAACGCAGGCAAUGUGGAGCAAAGAUUCGUACCUGAAACAGCUGCCCCACUUCACCGCGGAAAUCAUCAAGCGCUGCCAGGAGAAGGGCAUCGAGACGGUGUUCGACAUCAUGGAGCUGGACGAUGACGACCGGACCCGGUUGCUCCAGAUGACCGAUCAGCAGAUGUCGGACGUGGCACGGUUCUGCAACCGCUAUCCGAACAUUGAGCUCACCUUCUCGGUGCUUGACAAGGAUCGCAUUCAUUCUGGAUCGUCCGUCGAUGUGGAGGUGGCAUUGGAGCGCGAGGAUGACGUGACGGGUCCUGUGAUUGCCCCGUUCUUCCCCCAGAAACGCGAGGAAGGCUGGUGGGUCGUUAUCGGUGAUCCAAAAACGAACUCGCUCCUGUCCAUCAAACGGCUCACGCUGCAGCAGAAGGCAAAGGUGAAGCUGAACUUUGUCGCGCCGAGUCCGGGCCACCACGAGUACACGCUCUACUACAUGAGCGAUUCGUAUCUGGGCUGCGAUCAGGAGUACAAAUUUUCCAUCAACGUAGGCGAUUUCCAGUCGGAGAGCGAAAGCGAAUCGGACUAAGGGCGUUAUGUUGUGCUGUGCACGAGGAGCAGCAGUGGAUCAUUAUUACAGUACAGUACACAACCGUUUCAGGGUUUGUAUUAUCGGUGCAUACAUUUGAAUGGUCGUAUAGUUUUAAAACAACAGUGCGUGUGUGUUUCCCCGUUUACCUUAAACCACUGAAAAAGCUAUGUAUUUCUUACAAGACAGCAUACAUAAAUAGAACAUCUAAACUAUCCGUAGAUUAAAAACAAAAAUAGUAAA